AUGAUAUACUCUUCUGGAAGAGAAUCAUACUUCAACUUGAACUCUACCUGGUAUGAUCCUGCGGGGUCCUGGCUGGACACGAGGCGCACACCCUUCCGUUACGGCUACAACACCUGCUCCUCAGGGUGCGACGGUGAAGGUGUUGAAGGCAUGAGAGGGCACAACUACCGUCAUUACGGCUAUCGGCAGCCAGUCUGCUCCGAGAGAUGUCACGGCUAUGCUGCAGCUGAGUCGUGCCACGGAGGCGGGGGCUCGAGCUGCGUCAGGAGGCCCACGUACAGCUACGGGUCAUCAGGGGGAUGCAACAGCUACGGGAGGUCGGUCUGCUCCGAGAGAUGCCAGGGGUCCUCUGGUUCGUGCCAUGGAGGUGAUUCGAGCUGCGUCAGGAGACCCACAUACAGCUACGGGUCAUCGGGGGGAUGCCAUAGCUACGGGAGGUCGGUCUGCUCUGAGACGUGCCAUGGAUCAGGGUACCAGGGAGGGAAGCCAUCCUACAGCAAGCCAACACAGUGCGUCCCAGUGCAGACCUGUCCCCCUCCAGUGCAGCAAGGGCACCAGGGGGGGAAGUCGUCCUACAGCAAGCCAACACAGUGUGUCUCGCAGUGUGUCCCGGUGCAGACCUGUCCCCCUCAGGUGCAGCAAGGGUACCAGGGGGGGAAGUCAUCCUACAGCAAGCCAACACAGUGUGUCUCACAGUGUGUCCCAGUGCAGACCUGUCCCCCUCAGGUGCAGCAAGGGUACCAGGGGGGAAAGUUGUCCUACAGCAAGCCAAUGCAGCGCAUCCCAGUGCAGACCUGUCCCCCUCCGAUGCAGCAAGGCUGCAUGCCCAUGGCAAAGGGCAUCCCAAGCCAGCAGCAAAAGCAGGUCUGCAAAGUGCCAGCCCGGAAGAUAAAGUAG